AUGAAUGCAGGGUUAAAUUUUUUCGAAAAAGUCAAGAAAAAUGAAAUAAAGGAAAUAGAAAAAAAGUUAAUACAUAUUCACAAAACCGUAGUAUUGAAUUUUAUUAACACUUGUAUUUUGAAUAAAGAAAAAAUAAUAGCUUACUGGAAAAAAUGUCACAUAAAUGAAACAGAUGUAAAAGUUAAUAUAAUUUUGUUUUUUGAAAAUUAUAAGAAUUUUAUUAUAUCCAAUGAAACAAAUCUAUUAAUUGGUGAAUACUUUAUAUAUUUGAGUAUUUAUUUAAAAAAUAUAAAAAUUAAAAAAAAUCCAUUUAGAGUAAUAAAAUUAUAUAUUUUUGAUAAUAAUAAAUGGAAAGAUAAAUUAAUUCUUCAUUUUUUAAAAAAUAUCUUUUUAAAUGAUGAAAAUUACAUGAAUUAUAAAACACUGAUAAUAGAAAAUUUAAUAAAUAAUUAUGACAUAUUUCAUGUUUACAUAAAAUACUUUUAUAUCAGUAUUUUAAGAUAUAUUAACAAAAAUUUAAAAAUUUAUUUUUUAAAAAAAAAUCAAAAUUAUUUAAACAUUUUUGCAAAUUUUAUAAUUACUUUUAAUAAUGAUGCAACAAUAGAAUUAAAAACUGAUAUGCUUAAAAUUUUUUUUUUUAUUUCGAAAAAUUUAAAAAAAAUUUUAUUACUAUUUCCUUUUGAUAAAGACAUAUGUACACACGUAUGCUUAAUACAUCAACAAAUAAAAAAUAUUAUAAUUACAUAUGAAACUAAGAUAAAUAAUUUUUUAGAUAAUAAAGAAAAUUUUUAUUAUGUAGUUAAGGAAAAUUUUACUGAAAAGGAAUAUUUUGGAAAAAAUAAUAGUCCAAUAAAAAGUGAAAUAUAUGAGAAUUAUUUAAUUCAAAAUAUAUCCGAAAAUAACGAGAUAAAUUAUGAGAAAAUUAACGAAAUAAAAAAUUAUAAUAUAAAAAUUAAUGAUAUUGGCAUAAAUAAUGAAAUUAAAAAUGAGAAUAUAAAAGAGCAAAGUGUACUAAACGAAAAUGAGAAAAAUGAAAUUGAAGAGGAGGAUAUAUACGAAAAUAACUACUAUCAAAAUUUUGGAAGAUUCAACAAAUAUUUACUAUUCAUCGAGAAAAUAAAAAAAACAAUAGAGAAUUGUGAUGAUAUUAUUAAAAAAAAAAAAGAAGAAAACCCUUUUUUAAUAUUAUGCAAGUAUAGAAGUACUCUUGUUAUAAAAUAUAAAAAUAUAACAAAUGCUAGCAUUGAUGAGAGCCUUGAUUAUUUUAUGCUAUUUUUUAAAAUAAAAAACUUAUUAUGUUGUAGUAGUAAAAAUCCAGUUUUUAUAUUUCUUUGUAUAGAAAGCAUAAAUUACUGGUUACAAAAAAAUGAAAAAAUUCAUUGGGCAUUUGAAAAUUUAAACGGAGACUUUUUAGGUAACGAAGAAAUUGUAAGAAGUAAUUCAUUUUUUAAAUCAAAUAAUUCUGUAGAAAAUUUUUUUGAAAAUAAUUUUUUGAAUGCAAAAAGUUCUUUAAAUAAAGAGAAAUACAAUGAUUAUGAAUGUAAAGAUGCAGUAGAUGAAAACCCUUCAACAAGUAUAUUUUGUAAUAGUCAUGAUAUUGAAAAUAAUAUUUAUGAAGAAGGUAACAGUCAAAAUUUUAAUCAAAAUAAUAUAAAAAAUAAUGAAUUAUAUAAUAAUGAUGUUGAAAAUAAUCAUUUAAAUGGUGUAUGCAUUAAAUACUUAAAGGAACAAAAAGAUAAAUAUAACAUGAUAAUAAAUACAAGUAAAAAUGUUCUUUUUAAAAAAAAAUUGAAGAACAAACAAAAUUUUCAUUUGUUAAAAAUACAUGAAAUAAUGAGUACUGAGGUCGAUGUGAACAUUAAAAAUUUAAAAACAUGUUUUAAAAGUUGUAAUUAUGAAGAGAAAAUAGAAUAUUUAAAAGCAUUGUAUAUAAUUAUAAUCAGAAGUAUAUUACUAAUAUUAAAAAAGUAUUCUUGGUAUAAUAUAAAAUUAAUAUGGAAUAGUUGCAUAUGUAUUUAUGAACUUUUAUUAACUACCAAAAAAAAUAAAUUCAUAAAGGAUGAGAUUUAUGAUAAUUUAACAUAUAUUAUUUUUAAUCAUGAAAAAAAAAAGAAAUACUUAUGUUUGUCACUAUUAUUAAAAUAUUUUAAGAAAUCUAUGUGUGAAAAAAAUAUUUUAGAAUAUUUAUUUUACUGCUUUUUUAUAGAUAAUGAUUUUUUUAUGUCAAGUUUAUAUGAAUUAAUAAAACAAUGUAUAAAACAUAUUUUUAUUAAUUCAGAAGAUAAAUAUUUAUUAUACUAUAUAUUUAUAAAAAAUAUCUUGCUAACUAAACAUUUUUGUUUGAAAAUAUUUUAUAUAAAGAAAUUUAUUGAAUUAUUUUAUGAAAAUGAUAAUAAUUAUGUUUCUUUUAUUUUAAAUAAGGAAUAUUUUUAUUUAAAAAAAUAUUUCAAUGAGUAUCAAAUGGAUAAAAUAAAAGAAAGUGAACUAAAUUAUACAAGGAAAAGUUAUCAUCUAAAUAGUGUAAUAUCUGCUAAUAAUAUUAAUAAUUCUAAUGAAAUGAUAAAUGAAGAUUAUUUUCAAACUUUAAAAAGAAAGUUGUUAGAGGGAGUUUGUCUAUCAGAAAUUGUGUAUAAUAAUACUAUACGUAAAAAGGAAGAAAAUAUCUUUUUAAAUUAUAGAAUUAUAAAUAUUAGAAAAAAUGACAAUAUAUUCAUUAAAAGAAAUAAUGAAUUAAAAAAAUAUUUUUUAUAUAAUUUUCACUCUUUGGAAAACAUAUUUUUUUUAGAAUUGUACACUUUAUGUACAUUAAGAAAAUAUGAGCAUAUUGAAAUUAUAAAUUAUAAGAAUGAUUAUUUUUAUCAAUUAAAUAAUGAUUUUUUAUUAAAUGUUAAGACAUUAAAAAAUUUUCUUUAUUUUUCAAAUGAAGAAGUUACUUUAUCAAUUUUGUCUUUUAUAUGUGAAAAUAAAUAUUUAAAUAUAUGUGAUCUAUUUUUGUUUUUAACUUUUUUAAAUGUAUCAAUAAGCAACAUUUCAAGAGUGAGUAGGGAUUCAUAUAAAAAAUACAUUUCCCUUUUUUUUGAAAAAUUCUUCAUAUAUUAUCAAAGAAUGAUUGAAUUAGAAAAAAAAAAAAAAGUAGUUCAAACAAAAAAGAAAGAACAGGAAAUAAUAAAAAAAAAUCAAAGUAUUCAAAACAACGAAAAAAACGAUGAAAAUGAAGAAAUACAUAAAGAAUGCAACAACUAUUCUACUAAAAUUAUUCAAGAUGAUUUAAUGAAUGUUAAAAAAGCUAUUUCUUUUUUAUAUUAUCCAAAUUUAUUAAGUAGAGAUAGUGAUCAAAAAAAUGUUUAUUCAUCAUGUAUAUUUUAUUUAUCAAAUGAUCAAUAUUUAAAUGAAAGAAAAAGCAUUUUUUUAUAUAAUUAUUACCUAAUAAAUAUAAUAUUUAUUUUGUUUAAAAAUAUAAAUAAAGAUAUGAGUAUAGAAUCUUCUGUAUAUUGUUCUGAUAUACUAAAAACGAUAUUUGAAUACUGUGUAAAUUUUGAAAAUAUAAAUUUUUUAUUUUUUAUUUUUAACAUAAAAACAACAUGGAAAGAAUUACAUAUACUCUCAAAACAAAUUUUUUUUAAAACUGUAAGCAUAGUCUUAUUAAAAAAACAUAAUUUUUCAUGUUUAAAUAAUUCCUUUGUGUCAUUAAUGAAAUCUCAUAAACAAGUGGAUCAUUCUUUUUCUGCAUUUUUAUUAAAGUUAUGCCUUAUUUCGUUAAACUACAAUAAUAACAUUAAAAGAAAAGAUAUUGUAUUAGAUUAUAAGAUAAAAAGAAACAUGAUAUCUUUGAAACCAAAUAAUUUUAAAUUAAAUAUGACUGAAAUAAAUUCCUCGGAUUUUUUUAAUUGCUUCAUUAAUUUUAAUGAUAUUGCAAAUAUAAAAGAAAAGAAUAAAUUCUUAAUAAAUUAUAUAGACUAUUUAUUUAAUGAUAAUUAUAAAUAUGGUAUUUCUAGAAAUAUCCCUUUGUAUAUAUUAGAAAAUUUUAUUAAUAAAAUUAAAAAGGAAAAUAUAAUGAAAUUAACAAAACAUAAGGAUUUGGAAAAUAGUAUUAUGUAUAAACUAGCUUAUUAUAUAAACGAAUUUAUAUUAUAUUUAAAAGAUAAUAUUAAUUGCAACAAUGAAAUGGGAAUUUCAGAUAUUAAUAAGUUUCUAGAAAUUAGUUUAUGCAAAUUUACAACAUACUUAAAUUCUGAUAAUUUUAAGUUAUUUUCAUCUUUUAAUAAUGAUUUUUCUUGUAACUAUCUUAUAUUAUUAAAAAUAUACAUGUGUAAUAUUCUUUAUUAUUUUUUUAAUUAUCUAAAUUUUUUAUUUUUAAGUAAUUCUAAUAGUUUUUUUUUUGAUUGCAGAGGUCAUAUAAUUUUUGAAAACGAAAAUGAAAAGGAAAUAUCAUCAAUAAUAAUAUGGUUAUCCAUUAAAUAUAUAAGCAUAUUAAUUACAUCAAUUAUCGAUUUUUCUUUUAAGUUUAAUAUUAUUUAUUCUAAAAAUAAUACUGAAUUAUUUAAUAAUAGUAAAGAAAUAAAAAAUAAUAAUUUAAAUAAAAAUAUAGAGGAAAAGAACAAGAAUAAAAAUAAAAAUAAGGAAAAAAUAAAUUUAAUAAAUGGGGAAAAAAAUACAGAAAAUGUAAAUGAUAUUAAUGAAAAAAAAAAUUUGUCAUUAUACUUUUUUGGUAUUACGGAAAUUCAUUUUAUAAUUCAGAAUCUUUUAUGUUUAUUAUUAUACUCUAAACAUGUUGCUUGUCAACAAUAUUUAUCUGAUUGUUUACUAAAUAUUUGUAAAAUUAUAGUUAUAAAAGCUAAUGAAGAAAUGCAAACAAUUCCAUUAUUCUAUAUAUAUUUCAUUUUACUUAUUUUUAAAGAUAACAAUAACAUUAAAAAUAUGAAUGAAGAAAAUAUAGAAAAAAAAAGAACAUCGAAUGAAGAGAAACAAUAUUAUUAUCAGCAUAAUAUUAUAAACAAUAGAAUAGAAGAUAAUAUUAAAAAUAAUAAUGAUAAUAAAAAUUUUGAAUUACUAAAUAAAAUUAUCAGUAAUCUAAAUAAAAUCCUAAUUUCUAAAGAUAAUAAAAAUGUGAAUGACAUUUUAUCAGUAAAUUGUAUAAAUGUUAAUUUUAGUAUGGAAAAGUCUCAAAAUAUAAAUGUAGAUUAUAAAAAUGAAAAAGAAGAAAAUAAAAAUGUAGGUAAUGAAAAAAGUUAUAUGUAUGAUUUUCAAGAUGUUAAACUUGAAAUAAAUAGAAAAUUGAUGAUACUCAUAUUAGAUAAAAAAAAAAUUAAUAUGAAUUUUUUACGAAAAUCUAAUAAUAUGUGUUUAGCUUUAAAUUCAUUGGCUAAAUCAUAUAGAGUAAAAGAGCAAUACAUUAUUUAUAAUUUCAUUAUAAAAAUAAUUAUAAAUUACUUAUAUAAUGGAAAUAAUAAAUAUAAAAAAGUUAUUUGUUUAAAUAUUAUAAAACAUAUAUAUACAACUAUAGAUAAUAAAACUUUAUAUGAGUAUAUUAAUGAUAUUUAUAAAAUAUCGUUAAUUUACUAUAAAAGUAAAUUUUUUUCCUUAAAAAGUUCAAGUACAUCUUUAUAUAACAUUUUAACAAAAAGAUUAUUAUCUAAAUUAAAUUUUUCAUAUCACGUAUCAUCAAAGAUAUUUUAUUUUUGUACAGGGAGCAAAAAUAGAAUAUUUAAAAAUAUAAAUUUAACAUUUUUUGAUUUAUUCAAUUCAAUCAAUUUACUAAAAAUAUUUUUAAAUGUUUUUAUGAAGAAAUCUAAAUUGUUAAAUAAUAAAUUUUGUGAUAAAUAUAAAUAUAAAUCUUUCUUUGAUUAUUCUAAUUUUUUUGCUGAAUUUAUUCCUAUAUUAAUAUUUUUAUCAAAUAUAAUAAUUUUUAAUAAUGAAGAUUAUUUUUUAUUAUUCAACAAUAAGGGAGAUUUAUCAACUACUUUUAAAAUCCAUGAAAUUAUACAAAAAAAAAAAGAAGUUAAUAUGAUUAGUAGUAAUAAAAAAACAUCAAAAAAUAACAUUCUUAUAAAAAAUGAUAUUAAUAAUAGUUGCAGUGAUGACUAUGAUAAUUAUAAUAACGAAGUAUAUAGUAAUAAUUUGAAUGAUAAUGUAAAUAGUAUAAAUAUUUAUUUUCUUUUUUUAAAAUAUUUUAAAAAAUUAUUUACUUACGGUAACUACUUUGUACAAAUUCUAAUAUGCAGAAUAGUAGUUAAUGUUUACUUACAUAUUUAUCUAAAAUUAAAGAAAGAAAAUUUGAUUUUCACUUUUUUAAAUAAAAUAAUAAUAAAUGUAAUUAAAAAAAAAAAAAAAAAUUGCUAUUUACUUUUAUUUAUUGAAUUUAUAAGAAGAAAAGAGUUCAAAACCCUAAUUGACAAAAACAAAAGAAAAUUUAGGAAAAUAUUUUUUCAGUUUCUAAUUAUAUUUAUAAAAAGUAAAAUUUAUUCAGAAAUUCUUUUAAUUUUACAAAUUUUAAAUAUAUUGUAUAGUGAAAUACAUAUUUCUAUAAACAAAAAUGUGAUAACUAUAUUAUAUAAUAAACUGAAUUUGUAUAACGACAUGUUUUUAUCCGUUUUAAUCAAUGAAUUGUUAAUGAAAAUAACUAAAACUAUUAACAACUUUGUUUCCCUUUUAGAGUUACAUUUAUUGAAUAAAAAUGAAAAUUGUAUAGAAUCUUUCUUAUAUAAAUGGAAACUAUUUAUAAAAAAAAGAGAGAAAAAAGAAUUUAAAAUAAAAGAAAAUGAAAUAAAUAAAUUAUCAAACUAUAAUUCAUGUAUGUAUUUUCUUGAAUAUAAUAAAAAAAAAUGUUAUUCCCAAAAAAAAAAUGUAUGUAAUAUUACAAAUGAAUCUUCAUUUAAUAUCUUAAGUGGAAUGGAAGAAAAAGUAGAUGAAAAAGUAUAUAUAUAUAUAUAUUUAUUACUAUUUGAAAUUAUUAAUAUGUAUAAUGAUAAUAUAAAAAUAAAAAAAUAUUGUUUUAGUAUUUUAUUAGAGAUAGUAAAGUUUAUAUCUAUUGAAAAUUUAGCUCUAUUUGAAAAGAUGAAGCAAUAUUAUUUAAAAAAUAAUAAUAAUAAUUAUUUAGAUAAGUAUAUUAUAUUAUAUAGCUACAAUGUUUGUGUAAAGUCUUUUAUUAAUUGUAAAAUAGAUGAUAAUCAAAAAAUAGCAAAUGGCCUCUCAAAAAAUAAUUUCUUUAAAAGUAUAUUUGAGUAUAUAGAUAAAGAAAAGCAAAAAAUAGUAUCAUCCCUUAAUUUCCAUUAUCACGAACAUAUUUUUAAUUAUGUUUAUUUUUAUUUUCUUAUUUUUAUGAAUUUUCUUUCAUUACUAUAUAAUAAAAAUUCAACUUCAUAUACUAAAUAUUUUGUAAAGGCUUUUAUCAAUUAUGAUAUAGUCGAAUAUAAUUAUUUACAUAUAGAAAAGGAAGAAGCAAAAAUAAAAAAAAUGAGUAACUAUGUACACAGAAAUAUUAAAAAAAAUGAAAAUGUUUUAAAUAAUGAAAUAUUUUCAUCAGAAUGUUUUUUCAAAGAUAAUUCUCUUUCUAAUAUGAAAGAAAAAGGAAAUAAAAAAAAAAAUUUUAAUAUUAAUUACUUUGUAAAAAAUAAUUGUAUUUUAAAAAAUUAUAAUAAAACACUUAACAAUAAUUAUUUUAAUUGUUUAGAAGGAAAAAGCAAAAUUGAUUUUAAUAAUAAUAAAUAUACUGAAAAUAUAGGAGAUGAAAAUACAAAAUACCUAAAGUGGUAUAAAAAUGAUUUAAACAGAAGUAUAAGGGAGAUGGUAUAUAAAAAAAUAAAUAAUCAAAAUAUUACAUCUGAUGUAAUUUAUAUAAAAAAUCCACUAAAACAUUUAAGAACAUAUAAUUUAUUUACAAGUUUUUUUAUAUUAUUAUAUAGUUGCUUAAUAUUUAUGCUAAAUGAUGAAAAUGAGUUAAUAAGAUAUAACACUAAAAUUUUAAUUUUAUAUUUUAUGAAUAAAAAUGUUCUAAAUAUACCCCAAAACAUAAACAAUAACACAUGUACAGAUUUUUUUAUUUAUUAUAUUAUAAAAUUUUUUAAUAAAAUAUCAUUAAAUAUUCUAGCAUUUUGCAUUUAUCAAACUAAAAGUUGUAUCAAAAGUAAGUUUUAUUAUAAUCCUGUUAAAUUAUUUGAUCAAGAAAAAUAUAAUUUAUAUAUCAACAAUAUAUCACUAAAUCAUUUGUUUUCAUUUUAUUAUUUAUAUAACAUCAUAAUUAAUCUUCAAAGUGUACACAGUUUAAAAAACAAAAAUACAAUAUUAAAUGAACAAAUGAAAUAUAAGGAUAUAGAUGAUACCUAUAAUAAUAAUAUUAAUAAUUGUAGUGAUAUGUGCUUUAAAGAACACUCUAAAAAUGGAUUUAGAGAAAUAAAGAAUUGCAUGAGAAAUGAGUCAAAUAAAAAAGAGUUUAUUGAUUUUUAUAAAUAUUUAGAUAUAUUAGGUGAUCAAAAAAAAGAGUAUUUUGCAAAUAAUAUAAAAAUAAAGCAUAUUAAUAUAAAUAUAACAAAUGAUGAAAUAAAUUUGAACAGUUAUAAUUUAUAUGUAUUAAAAUAUUGCAGAAUAUGGAAAUACUUAGUAAGUAAUAUAAAAAAUAAAAUUUUAAGUUGUGAAGAUGAUGAUUCUUUAAAUAACAAUAAGGAAAUCAUAAUAAUGUUUUAUUCAACAUUAAAAAUGAAUUACAUUUCCAGCAUUAAGAAAAGCCUAAAAGAUUACUUGAAUCUUUUAAUGUCUAAUAAAAUAGUUGACUUUUUUGACUCCAAUUUUGUUAUAUGUUUAAGUAAUUUAUUUAAUAAAAUAAUUAUUCUUUUAAUUAAUUUGUAUAUUAUUUUUCAUAAAAAAAUAGUUUUAUAUCACAACAGUUAUUUUUAUGAAGAAAUAAAUAUUAUAAAAAGUAAUAUGACAUGUAUUUAUAACUAUUUUAAAUUAACAAAAAAUGAAAUCAAUCCAUUUAUAUUAAAAGGUAUGGAGAUUUUAUUAUAUAUAAUGAAUAAUACAUUUCUUAAAAACAAGAAUUUUUUUUCGGAUAUAUUUUUAUUAUUUUAUUCUCUGAAAUAUUCUUUAUAA